UCAGUGGUUCCACUUUUGGGGGUAUUCGGAUAAGUUUUGUCGUGAGUGAUCAGCAGGUAACGAGUCGACACGGGAAAAGAAGGGCGUGCAGUCGACUCGCAGUUAACCAUCUGAUUUGUUUAUUCCUUUUCAUUUGCAUUUUGAAGCCUAAUUGAAAAAAUUGGCAAAAACGUAUUUUUAAAUUUCCCGCCAAAAAAUAAAAAGUGAGUUAGAAUAAACAGCUAGUCGAUUACAUAAGGCAAUAUGUUCAACAGAAGUAGCAAGAAGAGUUACUCGUUGGAACCGACUUACGAUCCCAAGGCCGGCACUAACAGCACGCCCAAAAUCGCUUACGAAGAUGGACCCGGCAACGACAAAUCGCCGGAAGAAUUCACGGGGUCGGACGGAGUCAUCGACUACGCCAAGAUGACGGAGAAGAAAUCCGUUCGCCGGAGGCGUUUCUUCAGUUUGGGCGUCGUCAGCUUCACGGCCUUCAUCUUCAAUUUAUCUUUCUCCAUCAUCUUGACCAGCGCCAAACCUUAUCUCGACAAGAUGGAUCCGGAAGCCGGCACGGAUUUUCUGGGUUUGUUCAUCGCGGCCCAGCCGUUGGCCCAGCUCAUUUUCAGUCCCAUCAUGGGCUACCUGGGCAACAAAUUGGGUUCGAUCCGGAUCCUGUCCAUGAUUUCCAUGUCGUUCCUGGCCGCCGGAUUCGCUCUCUACGCCUGCGUGGCCGCCCUUCCGGAGCCGAGGCGCUGGUACCUCUUCGCCGCCCGUUUCCUGAUCGGUGCCGCCGGCGGGUCCAUCACCCUCUGCUUCAGUUACAUCGCCACGGCCACCACCACCAAGGAGCGCACGAUGGCCGUCUCCCUUUUCCAGAUGGCCCAGUCAUCCGCUUUCGUCGUCGGUCCAGCCAUUCAGGCGGCCUUCGCUCCUCUCACUUCCAAAACCCCGCCCGAAGGUGAGUCGCAACUUUAUUUCGACAUGUACACCGGCCCGGCUUGGCUCUCCGUCAUCCUGGCCAUCAUCAACGUGUUCGUCUUCCUGCCGUGCAUGUUCACCGAGUACAACAUCGCUAGAGAGGAAGGCGAGUACCUGGCCGGCCUGGCCGCCAAAAAGGACAAGGAGGCCAACAAAGAAACGCCCAAACUCAAAGAUCCCAACGUCAUCGGCUUGGUCACUUGCAUCAUCGUCUUCGCAUCCGUCCAGUUCAAUUUCAUCUUCCUCGAGAGUGUGGCUACUCUUCUGACGAUGGAAAUGCUCGGCUGGGAUGAGCAGAGGGCCAUCGUCAUUGUGGGCAUCGGUUUCGCUUGCGCCGGACUCUACAGCGGCCUCAUCUUCUCCGUGAUGGCCCCAACGUCCCGCAAAGUUGGCGAACGUAUCGUCAUGUUGGCCGGCAUCCUGUUCCUACUGUUGGGACCGGUGGCCCUUUACCCGUACAGCGGACCUCCUCCGCAGUUCCGCUGCAACGGCACAUCGCAUGAAUCGACGGAACCGGCCAUCUACUUCCCGGAACUGUUGAUGAAGGAAGGCAUGUCCGGCAUCUGGUCCAAGUUCGAAGGAAGAGCCGACAAUGAGACGAGCUCUAACGGAACUUGCGAGGCAAUCAAGUCCUACCUCCAAGUUUGUUCAUACAACGCAACUUGUUGCAUACUCGACGCUGGAUGUCCGAAUUGCGCUCAGCCGUGGUGCGAGACCUUGCCGGCCAUCACUUCGGGUCAGAUGAUCACCGGUUUCGCCCUGAUCGUCACCGGGUUCCCCAUGGGCGCCUCGAUGGGCAACGCCAUUUUCAGCAAAAUCCUCGGCCCCUUUCCGCAGGGGACUUGGAUGGGCAUUUUGGGUGCUGGCGCCUGUCUGGCCCGUGUCCUGUGCCCCAUCAGCGUCACCAAUUUGUACUCGACUUACGGGACGUGGUACGCCUUCGGCUUCAUGACCCUCGUCAUGGCCGUCGUCCUCGUCAUCUUCCUCGUCUUCUACAAACAUCUCGUCCCUUACAAAUACGACGAGUCCGGCUGAAAUCAAUAGCUAGUCUUAAUGAAAUCAUAUAGUUCGAAAUGUGUAACUCUUGUUGGAUUCCAUUAUGCGAGUCGUCAACUUUGUUAAAUUUGCAUCGUUUAUUGUAUCUGAUAAAUUGAUAAAAAACCUAUUCCCAAAUUUAA